AUGGCAGCAAUUGAUGUCUAUGACAAAGCAAAGGGAGAGGGGGAGCAUAUCCUCAAGUUACCAGGAAACAGACAAUUGGCAUAUGCCCACAAUGGCCCCGCAACGUCCCGAACGGUUGUUCUCUUCUUCACCGGCAUCAUGAGCGUUGGCACCGCACCAAAUGUCCCUGCGCCGUGUCGCGAGCUUGGAGUGUACUGGAUAGCGCCAACUCUCCCGGGUAUGGGAAAUUCUAGCACACGCGAUAAGAAAGUGCCCUACCACGUCUCGCUAGCGAGGGACAUGAUUGCCUUAUUGUCGCACCUAUAUCCCACAAAUGAAUUUGACACUCUCUACGUUUCGGGUGGAUCAUAUGGCACAGUCCAGGCACAAAUGCUGUAUGGAGCGCCAUAUGACUUGUUUCCUCCCGGUCGCAAAAUUGUGGGGUGCGUCUUGUUAAGCGGCUUCUCGCCUCUCAAGUACCAGAAAGACUAUGCGAAGACACUGAGCUGGCAGAACUGGUUCUCCUUUGGACCGCCGACACAAGUGCUCCCUUGCCACUUUCUACAAUGGCUUUUUCGCUUUGCCGUCGGAUCUAAGUUAAAGACCUUCGGCGGCGCGAAAGCUUUCCUCCAGCAAACGCUAAUCCACAACAUGGAUGAGGAAGAAAGGUCGACCUUCAGUCAAUGGCUGGAAAAGAGUUGUGUGACUGAAGAUGCUUUCUUGGACCAAAUGGCCCGGGGUAUAAUUAAGUGUUGCCGGAACUGGGACGGGUUCAUGGAAGUCUCUGACGUGAUCCACUCCGACUGGGGUUUCGAGCCCAAAGAGCUUGAUGACCAACACGCGUCGAAGCCUCUGCUAGUCGUGGGCUCAAAGGCCGAUCAGAUCGGCGGGAGCGCGAACAACUGGCUCGUGGAGAAUUACAGGUCUGCCAAGCUCAAACUUGUGCCCGGAGGUCAUAUUUCAUCCUUGUUUUAUAUGGACGAAAUAUGGGAAGAGAUCGUUGGCAUGGUGAAGCCAUAG